AUGCACCUGUCCCUCCUUCCAUCUGCCCAUCCACCCGUGCACCUGUCCCUCCCUCCCUCCAUCCAUCCAUCCGUCUAUGCGUCCACCCAUCCAUGGAUUCAUUUAUCCAUCCAUCCACCCACCCACCCACCCGUGCACCUAUUUCUCCCUCCCUCUAUCCAUGAAUUCAUUUAUCCAUCCAUCCAUCCAUCAGUCCACCCGUCCACCCGUCCACCCAUGCACCUGUCCCUCCCUCCAUCCUUUCUUCCAUCCAUCCAUCUAUCUGCCCAUCCACCUGUGUACCUGUCCCUCCCUCCCUCUAUCCAUGAAUUCAUUUAUCCAUCCAUCCAUCCCUCCAUCCAUCUGUCUAUCCAUCCACCCAUCCACCCGUGCAGCUGUCCCUCCCUCAUUUCCUCCAUCCAUCCAUCCAUCCAUCCAUCCAUCCAUCCAUCCAUCCAUCCAUCCAUCCAUCCAUCCAUCCAUCCAUCAAUUCAUUUAUCCAUCCAUCCAUUCUGCCCGUCCAGCCAACCAUCCAUCCAUCUGCCCAUGCACCUGUCCCUCCCUCCCUUCAUCCAUCCAUCCAUC